UAAGGCUGCAAGAAAAUGGCAGAAGCCAGUAUUUUAAUAGAUCAGGACCAGUUCAGCUGUCCAGUCUGUCGGGAUCUACUAAAGGAUCCAGUGGCUAUUCCCUGUGGACACUGUUUCUGUAUGGUGUGUAUUAAUGACUGCUGGAAUCAGGAUGAUCAGAGGGUAAUCUACAGCUGUCCUCAGUGCAGAGAGACUUUCACUCCAAGACCUGUUCUACACAGAAACAACAUGCUGGCUGAAGUGGUGGAGAAACUGAAGAAGCCAGAACUCCAAGCUGCUUCUCCUGCUCACUGUUACACUGGACCUGGAGAUGUGGAGUGUGAUUUCUGCACUGGGAGAAAACUGAAAGCCAUCAAGUUCUGUUUGAUGUGUCAGGCCUCCUUCUGUGAAACUUGCCUCAAACCUCAUUAUGAAGUUCCUGGCUUGAAAAAGCACAAAAUAGUCAAUGCCUCCUCACAACUACAACAGCAUAUCUGCUCUCAGCAUGAUGAAAAGAUCAAACUCUACUGUCGCACUGACCAAAGCUACAUCUACUUUAUGUGUACAAUGGAGGAACACAGAGGCCAUGAUACAGUUUCAGUUGCAACAGAAAGAACCCAGAAACAGAGUGAUCUAAAGAAGGAGCAGAGGAAAUUCCAGCAGAGAAUCCAGGAGAAAGAGAAGAAGGUCCAGGAGCUGAAGCAGGCUGUGGACACUCUUAAGCGCUCUGCACAGGCAGCAGUGGAGGACAGUGAGAAGAUCUUUAAUGAGCUGAUCCGCUCCAUUAAGAAAAAGUGCUGUGAAGUAAAAGAGCUGAUCAGAGAUCAGGAGAAGAUUGAACUGAGUCGAGCUAAAGGACUCCUGGAUCAACUGGAGCAGGAGAUUGCUGAUCUUAAGAGGAGAAACCCUGAGCUGGAGCAGCUCUACCACACAGAGGAUCACACCCAUUUCCUCCAGGUAACAAACUCUGUCUUGGCUACAGAGGAACCUAAAUUCCAGUCUCUCCUUGUCUCUUCUGGAUCUGAGGACUCUACAAGCAUCCCUGUCCAUCAACAUCUCUUAUUUGAUGGAGUGAAGAAAUCUCUCUCUGAUCUGAAAGAGCGACUAGAGGAAUUCUGCAUGGAGGAAUUCAACAAAAUCCCUCCACAUGCUGUAGCAGUUCAGAUGAUUUUACCUUCAGAGCCAAAGACCAGAGAAGAUUUCGUUAAAGAUUUUUGUCAGCUGACUCUGGAUCCCAACACAGCACAUCAUCGCCUCAGUCUGUCUGAGCAGAACAGAGUGGUGACACGUAAUGAGAGAGUCCAGCGAUACUCUGAUCAUUCAGAGAGAUUUGAUCGCUGUGUUCAGGUGUUGAGUAAGGAGAGUGUGUGUGGACGAGGUUACUGGGAGGUUGAAUGGAGCAGUAAGGGAUAUGUGAGUAUAUCAGUCUCAUAUAAAGGCAUCAACAGGAAACAAGAGGACAUUUAUUCUAAGUUUGGACACAACUCUCAGUCCUGGAGUCUGCGGUGUGCUUCCACUCUCACUUUCUGGCACAACAACAUUGAGACUAAGAUCCCAGGAAAACCACCCUCUAAAAUAGGAGUGCAUGUGGAUCACAGUGCAGGAACUCUGUCAUUCUACAGGGUCUCUGACACAAUGACCGUCCUACACACAGUCCACGCCACAUUCACUCAGCCCAUCUAUGCUGGGUUCAAAGUUGGUGUAAAUUCAACUGUCAGGUUAUGUGAUGUAAAAUAAUGUUUAUGGUAUUUUGUGGUUAAUAAUGGAGAGAUUUAAAAAUUAAUGCUCAGUGCUCAUUUGCUUAAUUGUGACCCUUCUCUGAUCCUCAGACAAUUGAUAUUGUUCAUUAGUCUAGGUCAGCCCCUCUAGUCUGGGUUUAGACUCUAUCUAGAAUCAGGUACUCUGCUGAACAACAUGCACAUAAAUAGUGAAAAUAGAUUUUCUUAAAAAACAGAAAUAAUUUGUAAUAUUUUACACAACUUUCACUUCUAGAAUGGCAGAUAUGCAGAUGUACAUUCACAGAGCAACAUCACUGUAGGAGAACAUUCUAGGGACUGGUCUGCCACAGUAAAGACUAGAGAACUAUACUGUUGGGAAAUACUACAAUAAUAUUUGGACAUUGGAUGACUAGAGCUGUGUGCUUAUACAAGUCAGUCCCUCAGACUGUUUGUUAUGGGUUGGGCUUCUGGUCCAGCUCCCAGUCUUUGAGGGGCUGUUAGCUUUAAUGUUUCUUUACCAGCAGAUUGUAGUUUCUGCUGCCAAUGCUGACCUGCUCAUCCUUCACUGGGAAAUCCUGCUCACCUAGACCAAAAACCUACUUACUUUGUCUGUAAUGUUGCAUGAGCCACAGUUUGAAAGUAAGUGGAGACUGUCUAUACGUGCCUGUUAGGAAGGUGGUGAUUGGCUGUAUAGGCCUGUUACCAAGUACGUGAUAGCCCUCACUCUCCCUGGUUGGCAGCCAUUGUCUGACAGUCUCUCUUACCUGACAGGUGGGAGCUGGCAAUGACUAAAAAUAGGAGGAAAUCAGCAAAGGAUUUUAAAACAAAAAACAGUCUUGUAGUCUUGUACUUUGAAGAAUGUGUAAUGAUUGACAGGCCGUAUGUUCAUUAACUUAAACGAAAGUUACUUUAUAGUAGUUGUUGCUAGAUAUUAGAAUGUCGACUGCCAAAGUGUCUCUGGCUCACGUCCCACUUUGGAAAUAAGACUGGGAGUGCCAAACCCAGUUUAUAUUACUGUCUUUUUAGGAACACACCUAAAAUAAAAUAAAUUAAAACACAUGGCUGGUUGUAUGGCAUACAGCUCAUAUGUAAUACACACUCGUUGAACAGUGAUGUCUUCCUCAAAAAUGACAUGGAAACUUUCUGGAAGUUCAACUUCUUCUACUGCGCAGUCAGAAGAGUCCAACUGCUCACGGUUAAGAACAGUCACCUCACUAUGACGUCUAAUUCUUGAACCAGGACAGGCUUCAGCAACGUCUGUUACCAUCUUUAGAUCAUGGUAAUAUAAGCACAGCCUGUAUAGGACUUCUAAAUAACCUAAAUACAUAUUUUAAUAUGAAUAUACAAUACAGAGAAGUAAAUAUUUGGGUGAGGUUGUAAUCCAGGGAAAAGUUUGACACCUCUCCAGUUAACCUUGUCUUCAAGAAUGUGGAGUGCAUUGUAGCUCUUGGAUUCCUGGCAUAACCAGGAGUCCAUAUUCUCUGUCAAAAAUGUAUUUUAUAACGUCCUUUACAUACAAGCUCCAUAUGCAACAUUUUCCUUAAAUAUUUCAUAAAUACCGAUCAGAGUUUACAGCAUGCUUGGUAAGGCAUAGCCUACACAUUGGAAUAGAUCACAUUAACCACUUCUCAUUACACUAAAUAAUGUCAUAUAUAUUAUCACAAAUAAUAUAAAUAAUUUAUUACAACAAACAUUUAUAACAAAAC